AUGGCAGCCCACCAAAAUCGUCGGCAUGACGCCUACCAGAACAUCUUCGGCAGACCUAACCCUGUCCUACCACUAGCAGAACAGAACCUGCAGGCUAGUCAGGCCAUGGUACCGCCUGCCCAUCCUCAAGCCUAUUCGCACUACGCCGGCGGACAAUCCCAGCAUCAUCCUGCCAGUGCCAGUGCUCAUGCCCAACUGCAGGAUGGCUACGCUGCUACUCAGCAGUACACCAACGAUAGGUAUAACAAUCAAUCUGCCUACCCGCAGCCGCCCCAGAUCCAGAGACAGUACUCGGGAGGAGCGCCAAGAGUACAGCUGCAGAUGACUCCGGCUCAUGCUGGCGCUGAUCCUGGCAGAGGCAACGCCUACACGAGCGAUCACUCGAGAGGGAGUAGCUACGACUAUGCAAAUACGGCCGCCAAUCAUCAAGCUGGCGUAUCGACCACAUCGCGACGGUCUAGCUCUAAUUCGCUCGCUCCCAUGAUGUAUGCGCACUCUUCGGGCGGAUCAUCGGGCUACGAACCUCCUGUCAGACCUCAAUCUCAGCAGCGCUACUCCCAAUAUGCUCAGCCUACACCUGCUGCACCUUAUCAGCAGCAGCCGCAGCAGAGCGCGUCUCCUCAUCCGCCAUACCGAACAUUACCGCCUGUUCCGUCUCAGCACCGAUCGACGAGCAGUAAGGAUACGACUUAUAGCGCUACUCAGUAUGCCUACCCGUCAGGGGCACCGUCAAGCGGUCAAGCCUACUAUGACGCGUACGACCAAAACGCUCGCAAUAUGCCUCCGCACGCAGUGUCCGCACAAGGCUCAGAUACGUCUCUGGGCCGAAGAAUGAGCGGCAAUGCUAGAGCUCUGCCAAGUUUGCCGUCACCUCCCGGUACAUCAUAUGGAACCAAUGGUCGGCCGCAGUCUUCUCCGACCACGCCAAGGUUACCAACAAUCGAAAUGCAGCCCGAAGAGGCAUACACAGGCUAUGACUGGUUCAGCUCUGCCCCCUCGAGCUUGCACAGAGCGAGUAGUGGCGAAUCGCGCUCUGACGGCCUGCGCAUGACGCCCGUCGAUCGACCCCUUUACAGCAAUGACUCAUCUGCGGAAUAUCACGAUCGCUUUACAGACGAGACCAGUUUCACAGGCUUUACCUCCAAUGCACAGUCACGCAGGGGUUCGGCGGACAGUGACGCAAACUCGUUCUACGGUCGCCUGUCUGGCGAUGCGCUAACACCACUGGUCGGCGUCCCCGGACAAGCUCGCUAUCAAGCUAUUCAUGAUCAGCUUGACAACGGUCCGGUUCAGGCAGUUGCAGGCAUGAUGCAUGGCGCUCGUCGCUCUUCCGAAUCCGUUCGAGUGCAGCCAACCCAGCCGCGGCAAUUCAAUGCGCAUCAAGACCGCGCUUUCUCUUUCUCUGGGCCGGAGCGACCUCAGAUGCGAGCCUCGACAGCAUCUAGCUCAAGCCAAGUGCUCGUUCACAGGCGAUCUCCAAUCGUCUACCCUGCGCUGCUUUCGAGAGUCGCAGAAGCGUUCAUGAUGCGCAUCGUUCUGUCUGAGCGCGUCAAGGACGGUCUGUCGUACAAGGAGUCAUUCGAUGGGCGAGAAGCCGUCGAUAGGAUAGCAAGCAUCAUCAAAACGACCGAUCGUAACCUCGCGCUCCUGCUCGGUAGAGCUCUGGAUGCGCAAAAGUUCUUCCACGAUGUCACGUACGACCAUCGACUACGAGAUACCCCAUACGAGAUCUACCAAUUUCGUGAGCGAAUCACAAAUUCGUUUCAUUCUGGCGACGAAGCGCUGCAUGGAGGACUUGCUCGCCGACCGUCAAUCACCGACACGAUGUUAUCAGAGGACAUCAUGAUCCCCAGCGGCGUAUUCACUCUGCUGACCGAUUGCUAUUCGCCUACUUGCACUCGCGACCGGCUCUGCUACAGCAUCGCCUGUCCACGUAGACUGGAGCAGCAAGCACGACUGAACAUCAAGCCAAAACCUGGGUUGCAGAACACGACAACUCAGGAUAUUGCUGGCGAUGGUGAUUUGAGAGAGCCCGGCACAUUGUGGAUCAGCUCGGUCCCUCAAGAAAUCAUCGACAGCGUCUCUGAUACAGAGAAGAAGCGACAGGAAGCUAUCAAUGAGGUCAUCUAUACCGAGCGUGACUUUAUCAAAGGUCUCGAAUACAUGCGCGAUAGCUGGAUGAAGCCCCUCAAAGCAACCGGAUCACCCUUGCCGGAAUCACGACGGGAAGACUUUGUGCAGCAAGUCUUCUGGAACGUUCAGGAGAUCUUGGCAGUUAAUAUCAGGCUGUGUGAGCUGCUGGAACAACGGCAACGUCAGUCGCAUAUUGUCGACCGGAUAGGCGACCUCUUGCUUGAUGCUGUGCCACAUUUCGGCCCGUUCGUCAAAUAUGGAGCGCAUCAGCUGUAUGGCAAAUACACUUUCGAGACCGAGAAGAGCAGCAAUCCAGCGUUUGCAAAGUAUGUCGACGAGACGGAGCGUUUGCCGGAAUCUCGCAAGCUGGAGCUCAACGCUUACCUCACCAAACCUACGACGCGUUUAGCCCGUUACCCUCUCCUGCUCGAAGUCGUCGUCAAAUAUACGCCGGAGGGGCAUCCAGACAAAGCGGCACUCACGCAAGCUGUCAAGAUCGUCAGGGAGUUCUUGCGCAAGGUGAAUAUCGAGAGUGGCAAGAGCGAAAACCGUUUCAAUCUUGCGCAACUUGACCAACAGCUCGUCUUCAAGAACGGCGAAGCUGUCGAUCUACGGCUGCGCGAGGAGAAUCGCGAGAUGAUCUACAAGGGACCACUGAAGAAGCGAGGCGGCACUCAGAGCGAAAGCGCUGAGCUACAGGUCUUCCUGUUUGAUCAUGCUCUCCUCAUGGUCAAGCAGAAGAUCGCCAACAAGAACGAGCAGCUCAAAGUCUACCGCAAGCCAAUCCCGCUCGAGCUUCUCGUCGUUACCGUACUCGAUGACUUGGCGCAGAGCAAAGGCAGCGGAGUCAGACCCAAGUCUCUCAUGUCGCGCACUUCGACGGGCGGCAAGCCAACUCAACAGCCCGUGCCGCAAAGCAAAAAUGGCUUUGCCGUUACCUUCACCAAUCUAGGGCGGAAGGGCUACAGUAUCACAUUGUGGUCACCUUCUUGGGCAGGUCGCAAAAAAUGGCUCGAGAAGAUCGAACAGCGACAGACCGAGCUCCGAGAACGCAGUCUCAUCUUCCAACCGGAGAUCUUGACGGAGGGUUUCUUCAGUGGCGCCAACAAGAUCACGUGUGCAGCGCCAUACGCGAAUGCUCAACAGGUCGUCAUUGGCACAGAUAAUGGUGUCUAUCUUGCAGACCUGCACCGACGGAGCAAGCCGGUCAAAGUCAUUGCCCUUGUCAAUGUGACACAAGUAGACGUCCUUGAAGAUUAUGGCAUUCUCAUCGUUCUCGCAGACAAGACUGUGCAGACGUUCUUCAUAGACAAUCUCGACCCGAACGACGCUGUCGGGGCAGCCAAGCGCGCGAGGAAAAUAUCCUCAAGUGCGACAUUCUUCAAGACCGGCCAGUGUCUUGGCAGGACGCUCGUCUGCGUGGUCAAAUCUGGGUCUGUCUCGAGCACGAUCAAGACGCUCGAGCCUAUCGAAGCACGGCAAGGCGGCAAAAAGGCAGCGCCUCUGCGCAAGUUCUUGCAAGGGAACACCGAAUCUCUGCGCGUCUUCAAGGAGUUCUACAUACCUACUGAGUCCAGCUCGAUAUAUUUCCUCAAGUCCAAGUUAUGUGUCGGCACUUCGAAAGGCUUCGAAAUCGUCGAUCUCGAGACCCUCGACACGCAAGGUCUGCUCGAUCCGGCCGAUUCCUCGCUCGACUUUGUGUCGAAGCGCGAUAAUCUUCGACCCCUCGCGAUCUUCCGCAUCGAUGGGGAGUUUCUGCUCUGCUACGAUGAAAUGGCUUUCGUUUGCAACAAGUCUGGUUGGCGCGCGAGGACCAAUUUCCUCAUACAGUGGGAGGGGCACCCAACUGCCUUUGCGUUACACUACCCAUACAUCUUGGCAUUCGAGCCGAGUUUUGUCGAAGUGCGGCACGUCGAGUCUGGUGCGCUCAUGCAGAUCAUACCGGGCAACAACCUGCGCUGCCUGUUCUCCGACACGCCCUCUUCGUCGCCAUCGCACGCUUACUCUGGCUAUCCUGCCUACAAGCCUCAGGGAGUCUACUCAUACAACCAGGUCCGAGACGGCCACUUUGGUCCCUCGAUCCAAGACAUCUCUCGCAGCCAAAUCCUCUUCCUGGGUCAAGAGAAGCUUCUGGCCAUGCGUCCUGCACCCGUCUCGCCACCUAUACCGAACAAUACCUCCUCACCCAGGUGA